AUGUCGAUUGGCUCCGGAUUGACCCGCUACCGCUCGGCGCCCAGCUCCUACUUCGACACCUUUCUCAACAGCGACGAUGAUUUCGAGCAGCUUCUGAACCCUCGCAUUUGCAGUCCCGAGGCACAGAGGAUUUUCGCCAGGUUCAUGAGCAGCGGUGACAGUAUGAAUCCUCCCCAGACGCCGGCUCAGAAGAAAAGGGAUGAUGGUGGGGGCGGUGAUGUUGACCACCCGGAUGCUAAACGACCCCGGCCGCCGCCAUUGCAGAGGCAUCAUCAUACCCAUGAUUUUUCCUCCGUUUCUAAGGCAGUGAAUUGGGGCCACACGGCGGAGGAUUCCGGCGUCGCGAGCUCUGCUGCUGGAUCUGUGCUCCCAAUCAGUCCAAAUCGGCCUGUGCAGGUGAAGAUGGAGACCCAUAGCCUCGUUCGCCAUAGCAGCUCGCCUGCUGGACUGUUUGACAACAUAAAUAUUGAAGAACUUGGUGCAAUGAGAGGCAUCAUGGGGAAUGUUGGAGCCGGUAAUAUUGCUAAUAAAGAAGGGUCGUUUUCUUCUACAAGCAGGUUUAAGGGCCAACGUGAUUUGCCCCCGAGAACCCCAUCUUCCUCAGCAAAGAGGUCUCCUUUUUCUGGUUUCAGGAAUAAAGACAUUGGUGAAAACAGGUCAAAUGACGCGCAGUUUGACAAAGAAGCCCCUGGUUUCCCUUUAAACCAGUGGGAUGACUCUAUCCUGUCGGAUGAUUUCUUGAAAGGACUAGUGGAGGACGUCGAGGGAACUUUCUCAAAAGAAAAUGCCUUGGAAGAUCAGAAAAACUUAGAUGAAAAUCAGGCCCCGACUAGAUUGGCUCAUCACCUAAGUUUGCCCACAAAUUCGGCUGCAAUGGAAAAGCUGUUGCAGGAUUCAGUGCCAUGUAAGCUAAGAGCGAAAAGGGGUUUUGCUACUCAUCCUAGAAGCAUUGCUGAAAGGGUGAGAAGAACUAAAAUCAGCGAGCGAAUCAGGAAGUUACAAGACCUUGUGCCAAAUAUGGUAAAGCAAACAAAUACAGCUGAUAUGUUGGAUUUGGCUGUUGAUUACAUUAAGGAUCUCCAACAACAAGUAAAGAUGCUUUCAGAUAAUCAAGCAAAGUGCAGUUGCUUCACGAAAGGUUGA